AUCGUCUUGGAAAUGGCUGAAGAGAAUCCCGACGGCAGACUUCGCGACAUCCUUCGAUGGAUCCAGGCGGAGGCGGGACAUGAAGACAUCCAGACGCUCCUUCAGCAGUGCCAGCUCGCAUCAUCGACGACGACAGCGGUGACAUCACUUCCGACUGCAGAGCCUCCAGGAUCGCCGUCAGAGGAAGCUGCGUCAUCUUCAGGAGCCGCAUCUGACGUCGCCAUCCAGCGCACCCCAGCUUCACGCGGACCAGGAAAGAGGCGGAUCGUCGCCGUCAAGAGGAACACCAGAGGGAAACAAGCGGCGAAGAAGAGAACCCAGAUGACGUCAGCGGUCUCCGCCAAGAAGAGGAUCGUCGCUGACCCGCCGCAGACAGGAGUUUGGCCGUCGGCUUCCCCCCCUUCAUCGCGAGUGAGUUCCGCCGCUGUUGCAAGUGGUGGGCCGCUCCAUCAAAAGAGCUUUAACACUUCAGGGCCCUUUCCUUCCACAGGGUCCGGGGGAGGUCCGGCAGCCGGCAGCUCCUAUGAGGGGCACCAGGUCAGCAGGGGCCCCCAAAGCCGCCCAGAACCGGGGCCCUCCAGCUGUAACACUAUAGGGCACCCGGUUCUGCCACCUGCCAUCAGGGGUCAUACAUCACCAUCUGUCACCCACAGCGCACCCCAGCCUGCUGGUUUUACCCCUCAGGAGGAGAGUCAACCCAUCCAAGUGAUUGUUCAACGAGCUCUGGGAAAUCGCCAAUUAUUUGGACAAAGAAGGAACACCAUGCCCCCAACAUCUGUGGAAUUUAGUAUUGCCAGAAUUUCAAAAUGGUUAAGUAUGUCAGUGGCAGACAAAACCUGGCAUGCUUACAUCGCAAGCUGGAAUGAGUGGAUGAAGUUCAAAACAAGUUUUCCUAAAGAGCAUUAUCAAAGGGACAGUGACGUCUUAUUGUCUUUUGUACUGGAGCAAGUUGAGGCUCAGUACUCUCUUUCAGCUAUAACUAAAAAAUUAGCAGGCAUAUCUUUCUUUUUAAAGGUUCAAGGUGAGGCUGACAUAACUAAAUCCUUUUUGGUUAAACAAAUUCUUCGGGGUGUUGGUAGGAUUACACGAUCUGUAGACAUUAGGAGACCCAUCACAUUAUCAUUGUUGAAAGAUCUCGUUUCGGUCCUACCUCAAAUAUGCUAUUCUCGGUUUGAAACAAUGUUGUUUACGUUGUUAUUUUCUGUGUCGUUCUUUGGUGCCCUUCGGGUAAGUGAGUCGGUCUCUCAGAGUAAAAGAUCCCCAGGGGGUAUUGGGAGUGAAGACAUUCAUCUGGUUGAGGGCAAAUUAAAGAUUAUAUUAAAAAAAUCAAAAACGGAUAAAGUAGGAAGAGGGACAACCAUUUGGCUUGGUAAUAGCACGGAACAGUCAAUAUGUCCAGUAUUAGCUUUUAGACAUUAUCAGCAAGUCAGACCCUGCCUUCCUGGCCCUUUCUUUAUACACAGUGAUGGAUCUUUCCUUAAAAGAUUUCAAUUUGUGAAAAUUCUCAAAGGAGCUGUCAGUAAGCUAGGUAUACCACCUGACCAUUAUAACACACAUUCUUUUCGCACUGGAGCUGCCACACAAGCCUCAUUGAUGGGUUUAGGAGAAGAGUUCAUCAAAAGGCUUGGCAGAUAG